AUGCCCUUCUUCUCACGCGUCUUCCGGGGCAAAGACUCCAGUGCCACCAAGAAACAAUCGAAGCCCACCGCUACCGCCGACCCAACCCCCGCGAGACCCAAAUGGACCGACGCCUGGCAACGCACUGAGAUCGCCCCCGAGGAGGUGGCCGACCUUGUCAGAGGCUGUUCGCAGGAGUUGAAGGCGCGAGCUCUCGAUGUUCCCUUCCUCCUUCUACCUUUUCGCCCGACCUCCGACCCCAGCGCCGCCCGCACCUUCAUUCGCAACUACUUCAACCAGUCCUUCGAGAGAGGGGCACCCGUUGCUGGAGAUGGCCUGAUGCAGGAGCUCCGGCUCUAUGAGCCUAUGGUGCUUUGCAGUGUCUUGAAAUGGUGUUGGAGCAGAUUGCCCGGAGGUAUCGUGACAUGGGACGCCUACGAACUGUUCAAGGUUGGCGAACAAGAUUCGGACCACGCCCUCGACGCCUUCUCCACCUUCAUUCCCCUGAGUGUCGACUCCGAUGCCCGCACUAGCAUUAUCAACGACUUCUUCGACCUUCUUGCUGCCAUUGCGGCGCACGGCAAAUCCAACGGUCUAGGAGGCCGCAAGCUUUCCCGCUAUGCUGGAUGGUGGGCCUUCGAGCACAGUGAUACCGGUGGUGGCUUCGAGGCCUCCUACAAAAAUUGGGCUGCGUAUGGAUUUCUCCUUGAACUCCCCCCUUCCAUGUAUAGCUCACUAACCCGAGUAGUGCUGCCGAUGCCACGAGCCAUCUCUUCUUCGCUUAUCUCCGUUCGCUUACCCCGGAGCUCAAACGCGGCGUCGCGGGCAUUACCUCGCUCCCCAUUUCCUUGCAGUCGCUUGUGCAGGCAACCGAAUACCCCCCCACGAACACCGACUCUGCUGCAAGUCACAACAACCAAGGUUGUCAUGAUUGUCGACACCGUCUCUCCCACUCCUUUCUCGCUGCUCCGUCGUGCCAAGAACUUCGAAUAUCGCGACGAACACUGGCAUUUACAGGAAUUUUCCAAUUAUGACGACCCUGUAAAGGCAUUGACUGACGAGUGUCUGCGUGUUUUGGGAUGCAUCUCUUCCACGAAUCAGUCUAGUGUCUCCAGCUCGAAGCAAUCCACUAGCCUUCGCGACGCAUCCUGGUCGAGAUUUGAGGAUAUCGGAUUUGGCGGUGCCAUUGACUCUGACCCCGAAGAUGAGGAUCACAAGGCCCCAGCUCCACCCAAGAGCGAGCCGGCUGCUAGCCUGAGGACCUCGCCUCGGUCCCAAGGUGGUGACCUUGGACGUCCCACAACCCCAUCCUGGGCAGACUUCAUGUCGUCUGGCUUCGCGGAUGAGGGAAACCUGAAACAAAAUGUGACACCCUUGCUGCUAACUCCGGACAAGAUGCUUCCUCCAAUUGCUGCCACUCGUGGCAUGAGCUCCCAGUCCCACAAACGCAAUUUAGACGCCGAACCCGCUUUGGAACCGGCUGAGUUGGCCAGCAUCAAUACUUUCGAUCUGGAUGACUCGUUCUGGUGGGUGUGGAUCACCAGUCUGUCUGGCGAUGAGCCUCUUGCCCGCAAGGCUGUCUUCGGCCGGGGUGCCGCACCAGAGCCCGAGGCAGGCGCGCAAUUCGUUGAGAAGAAGAGCUUCUUCAGCUUUGGCAGCCGUAAGGGCACGAAGCUAAACCGCCGCAAGUCAUCGGCCAAGAAGGUUUCCCCGAUUGAGGAGUCGUAUAAACGUGUCAACAACCAAGCUCCUCAGAGCAAGUCCAGUAUUGGUCCUGAUCAACACAAGCGCAUUCAGGCUGCUGCUGCCGCCCUCCAGAGGAAGCACCGCGAGGAGGCUGAAGCUAAAGAUACCAAUGUUAAUUUUGGCCGGGAUAACUUCUCCACCAAAACCAACUCCGUUUUGACGCUUCAGCCGGGUAUUGUCAAUGAAGCUUCCUCGGCCAUGAAGUGGACCAAAAAUUAUGACAAGAACGCCUACCGUACCGCCUACCUGAGUGACAGCCGUGCUGGAAUGGCCCCCCCUCCUCCUCCUAAGGACCCUGCCGCCGUGGCAACGCCUCUCCCGCCCUCUCCGGAGCCGGCCAAGAAGAUCUUGGAAGAGCCAACCCCACAGCCUGAGAAGAAGGGUAAUGCGAAGACUGUCGUCAUCGAGGACCCCGUCGAGUCACAACCCAAGCAGUCAUUGGACGAGUCGAACAAGAAGUUGAAGAAGAAGACCGGUAACAAUGGGUUCAAGAAUAUGUUCGGCACCAGCAAGAAGAAGACGACCGAGCAGCCUGCCAUGAAGAGCACCGGUGCCAAGGAGAUCUCUUCUGUUGCUGCUGCCCGCGCUGCCCUUGAGGCCAAGGCUGCCGCUGCUCAGGAGUACAGUGCGCCCUCCCCUCCCAAGCCUGCCGUGAAGAAGAAGCCCGUUCCAGAGAAGCCCAGCACCCCCGUGGCUGCUGCACCGGCAGUACCUGCCCCGGCGCCGGAGAAGCCAUACACUCCUCGGCAGGCUCCUGAGUCUCCCGAACAGCCUCGUGUCCCCAUCUCCCCUGCCAACACUGCUGGCAGCGGUCCUCCCCAGACCCGCCAUGCUGUCGAGUACGAUGCCCUCUCUCGGGUUGAUACGAACGAGCGCAACGCCGCCGACCAAGAGUUCUCCAAGUUCGAUCAGGGUCCUCUUCUAGAGCAACCUGCCUUUGUCCCUGAUACCCCGGCCACACCGACUGGCCCAGUUCACUCCGAGCUCCCUCAGACCCCAACCAACGGCCACGAGGAAAAGUCCCAACACGCCCCUACUCAGGCUGAGGUCAUGGCUGCUGAAGAGGACCGCUGGGCGCAGAUCCGCAAGAAUGCCGCCGAGCGUCAAGCUGCCGAAGCUACAGACUCUGCCCGUCCUAGUGAGGAGCCCGAGGCACGCGUCAGCCAGUCUGAGCGCUCUGACGAGGGCGAUACCAGCGGCGAAGAGACUAUCGAGUCGCGUGUCGCACGCAUCAAGGCCCGCGUUGCCGAAUUGACCGGCCAAACCGCCUAA